AGUGCGCGGGAGCCUAGCAGCGCGACCCUAGUCCUCGGCCCUUCCAAGGCGUUUGCCUCGCUCUGCAUGGUGGAUCUGCUUCUCCAGUGUCCUUUCCCGGGUGCUAUGGGGGACCCCUCCAAGAAGAAGCCCGGGACGGCUAUGUGCGUGGGCUGCGGGAGUCAGAUCCACGACCAGUUCAUCCUGCGGGUGUCGCCGGACCUCGAGUGGCACGCUGCCUGCCUCAAGUGCGCUGAGUGCAGCCAGUACCUGGAUGAGACGUGCACGUGCUUCGUGCGAGACGGGAAGACCUACUGCAAGCGGGACUACGCGCGGCUCUUCGGCAUCAAGUGCGCCAAGUGCCAGGUGGGCUUCAGCAGCAGCGACCUGGUGAUGCGCGCGCGCGACAGCGUGUUCCAUGUGGAGUGCUUCCGUUGCGCCGUGUGCAGCCGCCAGCUGCUGCCCGGGGAUGAGUUCUCGCUGCGGGAGCACGAGCUACUGUGUCGGGCCGACCACGGGCUCCUACUCGAACGCGCGGCGGCCGGCAGCCCGCGCAGCCCCGGCCCGAUCCCCGGAGCGCGCGCCCUUCACCUGCCAGAUCCAGCGCCCGGCCGGCAGCCCGCGUUGCGCCCGCACGUGCACAAGCAGGCAGAGAAGACGACGCGUGUGCGGACCGUGCUGAACGAGAAGCAGCUGCACACGCUGCGGACCUGCUACGCCGCCAACCCGCGGCCCGAUGCGCUCAUGAAGGAGCAGCUGGUGGAGAUGACCGGGCUGAGCCCGCGCGUCAUCCGCGUCUGGUUCCAGAACAAGCGCUGCAAGGACAAGAAGAAGUCGAUCCUGAUGAAGCAGCUGCAGCAGCAGCAGCACAGCGACAAGACGAGCCUCCAGGGCCUGACCGGGACGCCACUGGUAGCCGGCAGCCCCAUCCGCCACGACAGCGCCGUGCAGGGCAGCGCCGUGGAGGUGCAGACCUUCCAGCCUCCCUGGAAGGCGCUCAGCGAGUUCGCGCUGCAGAGCGACCUGGACCAGCCCGCCUUCCAGCAGCUGGUCUCCUUCUCCGAGUCCGGGUCCUUGGGCAACUCCUCCGGCAGCGACGUGACCUCCCUGUCCUCGCAGCUCCCGGACACCCCCAACAGUAUGGUGCCGAGCCCCGUGGAGACGUGAGCGGACCCCCACCGGACCUCGCAUGCUCCCCGCAUGAGACCCAGCUCAGGCCGCGCCAGCUCGAGUCCUCGCCUUCGUCCGUCAU